UUAUGUAAACAUGUGUUUUAACCUAAAACAACAAACGCAACUGACGCGAUAAAUUGAGUGUUUUUUAUAGAAUGUUUAAUGAUAAAAGUUUUUUUUUUUAAAUUAUUUCUUUUAUAAAUAAAACACAUCCUCUCAAAGUGAUUAACAAUAAAAAAAAAAAUGAUUUGCUCAGUAGCACAUAAAUUAAAUACCAAACAUCGCACAAAGGAUGUAAUUACCAGUGAUAAUACGACUUUUUAUCACAUGGGUCUUUCACCAGAGAUACUAGAAGGAUUAACGAAUUGUGGUUUUGAAAAACCAUCUCCAAUUCAGCUAACUGCGAUACCAUUGGGACGCUGCGGAGUUGAUUUAAUCAUCCAAGCAAAGUCAGGAACUGGAAAGACUGCUGUUUUCGGAAUAAUUGCACUAGAUAUGGUAUAUGUGAAAGAUGUACAUCCCCAAGUAUUGAUUCUAGCCCCGACUCGAGAAAUUGCCAUACAAAUAUCCCAGGUUCUUGCAUCUAUAGGCUCAGAAAUGAAAGGACUAAAAGUUGGCAGUAUAAUCGGAGGAAUCCCUGCGAAAGUAGGAACAAAAAUUUCUUAUAACAAUCACAUUAUUGUUGGUACACCAGGAAAAUUGAAACAUUUAAUUAAAACAAGCAUGAUAAACGUUGAAAAUAUAAGAUUAUUUGUACUUGAUGAGGCUGAUAAAUUGAUGGAUUCAAGUUUUCGAGAUGAUAUUGAUGAAAUUUUUGGAUAUUUACCUGUAAAUAAACAGGUAAUAACAGCUAGUGCAACCUAUCCACCUGAUUUACAAACUUAUUUAUCUAAAUACAUGCGAUCUCCUCAUUAUUCUUCACCUUCUAGUGACAACCCUAUUCUUAUUGGCGUUAGACAAUUUGUUACAAAUGUUGUAUCACAUCCAAACAAAAUGAAACAAGUGCAAUUGAAAACCGAAGAAUUGAUAAAAAUUUUCGAAAAAAUUCCAUUUAAACAGUGCUUAGUAUUUCUGAAUUAUCAAACCAGAGUUCAAUCGGUUUGUAAUAAUGUGAAUAAGUUAGGAUAUUCAUCAACAUACAUUUCUGGUAAUCAAGAUAUGUCCAAAAGAUUAGAUGCAAUAUCGAAAUUAAAAAAUUUCGAGUGUAAAGUAUUAUUUUCAACAGAUUUAACAGCACGUGGUAUAGAUGCUGAGAAUGUUAAUUUGAUAAUAAACUACGACAUUCCAAAUGAUUGUUCAACGUAUUUACAUAGAAUAGGUCGUGCUGGACGUUACGGAUCCUAUGGAAUCGCAAUCACUUUAGUGGCAGAAAAUGAAUUAGAUACGUUUAAAGAUAUGAUAAAUCCUAUAGUCAGUCCUCAUUUAUUGUUAUUCAAAUGUCCUGACUAUUCAGAAAGUAUUUGGAACACAAAGAUAGAAGAUUUAAGUUUAUUUUUUGAAAGAAAAGAAAGUAAUGGCGAUUUUGAUGACUCAGAAAUUCAUAAAAACAAUGAACCUCAAACAAACGAUAUAAACGAUGAAAUAAAUACGGUUGAUGAAUUUAUGUUAUGCAAGGCUUUUGAAAAGCACUUGAAUAGUAGCAAAAUCAAUAAUUUCAAAGAAUCUGAUGAGGGUAACCCUAAAUUUACUCAACAGGUCUUACAAACAGAGACAAUAGUAUUUCUUCCAAUAGAUGAAUUUAUCGAAAAAUUAUAUAAUGAUAAAAUGGAUAUAUUAGAAAUUAAUCAAAAGGAUAAAAAAGUGAAAUGUAUUAUAAAUGAGACGCAAGAACGCUUUUAUGAAGCAUUGUUCACUAAAUCUUCACAAUUUCAAACAUGGAAUGAUACAGUUAUAUUUCCAACUUGUUCCCCGAAUGUUAUAGAUAAUGAUCAACCUGUCGAUGACACUAAAAUAAAUGAGUUUUUAAAUUAUCAAAUAUAUGAUAGAAAUUUUGAUUCAUCCCAGAAUAAGACUGAAGACACGAGUCCAUGGCAUUGCUAUUCACAUCGAUACUCUAUUAUUAAAUCACGUAAAUUAUUAUCAGGAGUAAAUAAAAAAUUAAUUACAUGUUUGGAACGAUUAUUCGAAAAUCUACCAAACACAUCAUUCAAUUUAGAAAAAAAUGACAGAGAGUCUUGUAAAAAGAAUAUAUUGAUGUGGAAUAAAAUGUUAGAACAUGAAAUAGAAGGGGUAAAUAAAUUACUCAACAUGAAUAGUUUAUAUAUAAUAGAUACAGGCAGAAAAUGGGGUUUAAAAAAAUAUUGGCAGUACUUGGAACAAUUUUUGAGAUUUCAGAAAAAGAUGACAGAUGUUAUAUAUUUUCACUUCUGUAAUAAUUUGAAGUUUGAGGAUGAAUAUACUACUUCGAAAAAUCAACAAAAUGAAAGUAUUUUUAGUCUAUUAUUAAAUUACAUAUUACCUCGUCCUAUUAUUUUCAAUAAAUUAUUACAUGAAUUAAUGUCAGAAACAGACUUAAAAAAUUACUACGAUCUGAGAUCGAAUAUUCAUUCACUUCAAAAUUCUUACACUCAAUUAUUAAAAUUAAAAGAGUGUAUGUUUGAUUUUACAAAAAAUGAACGAAUAAAACUUGAACAGCAAAUUAAAAAGAAAAGAAAACGAGAGGAUGAAAUAAGUUUUAAAGAUCUUCAAGAAUUUUUAAAGCAAGCAAAAGAAAAGAAGUUAAUGGAUGAAACAAAAGAUACAAAAAACUGUGAAAAUGUCAAUCACUUUCAAGAAUGGAAAGAUGUUAUUGAUGAAAAUAGCUGUAUGGAUGAUGCUACAUAUUCAAGUGUAUACAAUAGUGAAUUUAAAGGUCAGAAUAUAAAUUCAUUUUCUGAAAGUGAUUUUUUUACUCAAGAAUAUCAAUAUCCCCCAAAUAUGCAAUAUGAACAUAAUUAUAUGCCAUCAUUUACUUCUGGAAUACAAAAUAACAUGUUUGAAGAAAACGGAAGAAUAGAAUCUGAAUACGUCCCAGGAACUCAGAAUCAUAAUUAUUAUACUCAACCUAAAUGCAAACCACAAAAACAAAAUAAUCACCGGAACCCAACUGAAGAUUUGGACGAAUUCUUUCGUUGUUUGGAUAUUCAGACAAAAGCUUUACAUUUACAAGAAUACCAUAGAUUAAUGAUGAAAGAUUAAACAAACCAGUUGUGAUUUAAAUUUACAAUAUUAUAUAAUGUACAGAGCCACUAAUAAAGUAAGUUUUUUUUAAUAAAAA